UACGGGGGGGGGGGGCACACAGCCGUGUUUAUCCACCUCAGGAUCUGGGAGUCACCGGAGAAGCUUGUCUGUGGAGUGAAGGAGCAGCAUCAGUGCGAACAACAUUAGCGCUUGGAAACUCGGCUCAGUCAGUCAGCAACGCCAGACAAGAAGUGGAACCUGUGAAGGAGGAGAGACCUGGCAGUGUCGACCUGCUCAGAAUCCACAGCCAUGUACAACAGCAAGUACUCCAUGGCCAAGUUCGGCUUGGAAGCCAAGGACAUCCAGGCGUCCAACGCGAAGAGCUGCAGCUACUACAUGAAGUACAUCUUCUUCUUCUCCUCCCUGAUCCAGCUGCUGAUCAUCACCGGCCUGGUCCUGUUCAUGGUGUACGGUAACAAACAGAAGAGCCACGAGGAGCAGGUGAAGAUCAGGGAUGACACUAUCAGCAUGCUCAGCCAGCACAUCAACAUCCUGCAAGAGAUGAAGGGAAACCUCACGCUGGAGCUCAACAAGACCCUCAAAGGGAAGCUGGCCCUGGACCUGGAGCUGAAGACAGCCCGCGGUCUCCUGGUGAAAUCCAACUUCACCAUCAACAUGCUGAGGGAUGCUCUGAGCACCUGUCAAAAGAAAGUGAUGACCCCACCCCUGGUUGCUACCGGUAAUACCUGCAUGGCUCAAAUAAGUGCCUUGAAGAAGACGCAUGAAGGGGAAAAGGCCAGUCUGAUGCUCGCAAAAGAAGCCCUGAAUCAGAAGUUCAUAUCUUUGACCAACAACUGCACCACCUCCAUUCGUCAACUCCAAGGAGAGCUGAAGCAAACGCAAGAAGACAAACUGCAGUACCGCUUGAAUGAGAUCAACGCGAACAGAGAAAAGAACACCCUGGAAAACCACUUGCAAAACUACAGGACGGAAUGCAAGGAGCAGUUCGAGAAGUCGCUGCGGGGGAUCAACGCGGUCAUCGUCGAUUUUAAGAGCAAGAUCGACACUCUGCGGCCCGAAGCCUUCACUUUCUCGCUCUCCUGCGAGCACCAGCGGCAGCAGCUGGAUCAGAUCCGGCAGAACUGCACCGGCCUGUCCAGCGACAUCCAGCGCAGCUUCCAGACCUACCUGAACACCUUCAGCAGCCGCUUCUCAGAGUCGUUGCAGACAAUCAGCAGCUUGCAGGCAGACAACACCAGGUGGAAGAAGGACUUUGAGGACUGCAACAGGAACCGCUCUGACAUCGUGGCAGACUGCGAAGGCAGGAUCAAGACGCUCAAGUCCAAAAACGACAACGAGGUGGAGGGUCUGAUGAAGGAUUUAAAGAAGACUAAAGAGGAGAAAAGUGCCCUGGAGAAAAAUGUUUUGGGGUACACUGUGCAGGUCUUGAAUCUGAAUAACCAAGUGCAGACUCUGAAUACCUCACUGGCAACCUGCUGCCCAAAGCUACCGCCGGUUAUUAACCCCUCUCCAGUUAAGCCGAAAGAGCCUCCAACUGAAGUAAUUUAUGGAGUCGUCGACACAUAUCUGAAGGAGCUUCAGGACUUUGCAAAUAAGAAGUCGGACAUAUCCGGCUGAAGCGUCAUUCAGGACAGCAGGAAUAUUGACUUCAGCUCAUGAAAGCAUCCAGCCUUCAUCGACCCCUUUCUGUAGAUAAUCUCCAGGACUUCAUCGAGUGUGCUUCAAAACUAACAGCCUUCUUACCCCGGACUUGAUUUCUUCUGUACUUGCCCUCGCUUGUAAAGUGUGCGUCUUUGUGCACCGCUAGUCUAGAUACUGCUUGAGUGCUGCAUUGUUUAUUUCAAGCCUAGGGUCCCAGUUCAAAUGCUUUGAAAAGUUCAUGAAAUAAACGAAGGGACUGUAGAGCAAUGUGCAGUGUGUGCAGAGUAUUGAUGUGAUGUUUCUGCAGGAAAACAUUUGGAGAACAAAAAAGAAAAUGUGCAUAAAAAUUGGUCAUUAACGUGCAAGAUGUUAACUUCAAGAUUUGUAAAUAUUAUUCUCCUGUGCUUUCAUUACAGUGAGCCGAACAGCUAACAAUAAACGGCAGUGUUAAUCAAA